GUGUAAAAACAGUGCAGCCACAUGAGUGGGGAUGGAUUGUGGCACACGACAGUUGUAGUUGACUCUUUAAUUCAGCUCUUUAGCUAUUUUUUUUCCUUUUAAUUCAAUUAAAGCAUAGUACUUUAAGCAGUUUUCUUUUUUCGUCAUCAUUAUAAAUUUAUCACCGCCUGUCUUAAUGUGCUGCUGACUCUGUCUAUUCGCAGUUAACAACUAAUGCUAGCUCGGUGCUAACUUAACAGGAUAACCGUGUUGACAACAUACACCGGUCAUCACUCGUCUUUUAUGCUCAUUCACCUCUUUUUGUUGUUCAGUCAUCAUGGAAGACGAAGCCUUCACUGACAUUAGCGGUAAACCAAUCUCUCUGGACUGUCAGAGUCACUCCAGCUUUUGCAGGGAGUUCAUUAUCAGCUCCCCAAAAGUGUCCAUGGGCAAAGUGAUGGUAUACACCUGCUCCGUGUGGCUUCUGGCGUAUGCAGUGUUCUUCUUCACCCAGAACACUGCCGUUCUGUCCGGCGCUAUUCUUGUCACCCUUGUUGGCAUGAUGCUUCACAUCCACUUUGUGAAGGUAGACCAUGAGUCCCUUCUUGUCAUUGGCUCCUUAGGCAUCCAGGUGUCCUCCAGCUAUGCCUCGGGCCGCGAGAUAACCACUUUCAUUGAGAUGAGCAAGAUCAAGGAUAUAGUCAUCAAUGAAGCUAUUUACAUGCAUCAGAUCAUCUACUACCUCUGUGUACUGUUGAAGGACCCCUCAGAGCCUGAUGCAGUGUCAAGUGUUGUGCCAUUGUUUCAGAGUUCAAAGCCAAGGCUGAACUGCUUGGUGAAAGUCUAUAAAAGCUGUCAGGAGAUUCUUUCAAAGUGCCAAUGAAGCGCAUGUCAUACAGGAACACCUGAGGUCAUUCACCAUGUUUUUCUUUUAGCCUCUUCCUUGUUUGUGUUGAUACAUCUUAGGUGUAUUUUAUAUACAUUGCAUUUCUUAAUGUUUUGCUUUAAAGGAUAAUGGUGUCAUAAUGUUGUACUGUGUUACAUGAUUAAUUUAAAAUAAAUAAAACACUGGUCUUGACUACUUGUUUAAACCUAAAAAGCCAAAUUCUUUAACUUGCAAUGUAACUUGUAAUGUAAGAUCAUAAAAAUAAUAUUUAACCUUAUAGUUUUUUUUAUAUGCUUAGAAUUCCACAAAUUAUACAAGUUUGUGUAUUUUGGCACCAUUAGCACACUCUUAUGUGUAUUUGUUUUUGUCCCCCCCAAAAUUCAUAGAAUAUAACAAACCAAUAUUCAUUAAUUACAUAGAUAUUGGUAGUAUUUGCUCAUCUUUAAAAGUUUCUGUUUAGUUGUUUAGUUUUACCAGUAGGGGGCAGCACUACUCACAAACAUUUGGGUCCAUGCAUCAGUUUUUACAAGUGAUUCAAAUGUACACCAUGUCCUGUUCUUUGUUGGCUCAUUGUUUAAUUUCCAUGAAUUGCUUUUGAAUGUAAUCUCUGUGAUAAAACAAAAGCCUCAGCACAGUUUUAUAAGGCAACAGUUGUAUAUGUGUAUAAGAUGCACUGUAUGUGUGUGUGUGUGUGUGUGUGUGUGUGUGUGUGUGUGUGUGUGUGUGUGUGUGUGUAAAAUAAAGAUCUACACCCUUUUCCUAAAAGUAUUUUCACUUCCUCAUAUCUACAUGCACCUUCAUCUCUUAGGAACAGUAGGUCACGUUUACCACGGAAGUCUGAUAUAUCACUGUUGGCAUACCAGACCUGUUUUCAGAACUGUUCCUCAAGGUUACCUCACCAACUGAAUGACAAUCAAUAUAUUAUUAUUGCAGUAAUUGUAUUUUUUUUUAUCCUGCAGCUGUAACACUGUAAUUACUAUAAUAACCCUUGUGGCAUCAGUAAAGAAUCUACCUAU